AUGGCUUCGCCCCCAGACCUAUCUUUCGCUCUCAAUCAAAGAAUCCAAGUCAUCACCCCGAUACCUCAGCGUUAUCAUUCCUCUGAGCAGGGAUCGGGCAGUUCUAUUUUUAGCACUCAUGAUUUGCCAGAGAGCCAGUUGCGCCAAGUCAUUGCAUAUAUCGUCGAUACACUACCGCAAGAAAGAAUCUUACAUCUCGAUUCCGUUAUGCUGGACUCUUGUGGCCAUGUCCUCAAAGAUCAAUUGGAGUUUCUAGAAGAAGUUGAAUAUAUGGAUGAACUUCUUACGCCCUUAGCGAACAGCCUAUUCGGAAUCCUUAUUCUGUUGGAAAGGCAUCGCACAAGAGUUAUUUUCAGCGUAGAACCUGGCAAAGAAGCUAUGUGCUUUUCGCAAGAAGGUCUCGAUCGCCUUGCCAAAGCAUUCCAUAGGUUCGACGGUGAGAAACAUGUGGGCGUGGACAUUAGUAAAGACGAGUUUUGUCGAUUGCUAGGUUUCGUACCAAUGGAGAUCCGGCGACGAAGUGUAGCGUGA